AUGGCCGCACCGAGCUUGGAUCAGCUGGUCAAGGGCUCUCCAGCCCCCAGUAACCGUUUACGCUCGAUCUCAGCGCCGUCUGCAGAACCAUUGACGCCCGGUCAAUCUUCCUACCCCUCAGCCUUGUCGGAUUCAUCGACACCUUCGCCUCCGUCCGCUCAUGAUCCUCUCUCGACCCUGCCUUCUUCGCCCCCGCAAAUAUAUCUGAAUCUGCUCAUUCUCGAAAGCUCACUUAGGGCUCAGUAUCUGGCGUUACGCGAACGCCGUCGGCAAAAUACAUUCUUCCUUCUCUUGCUAGCAGCAUGGAUUACAUACUUUGGUUACGCGCUGUUCCUGCGUCCCCGUGAAGACGGGCGCGGAGUUGGAGGGUCAGUAUACUGGGUUGUGGAGAUGUGGGAACGGGUUGCGCUUCUCGGGGGUGUGGUAACAGCACUCCUGGUCUGGGGCACUGGACAAUGGGAGCGUGGAAUCCGGUGGCCCCGGCGUUGGCUCGCCAUCGCAAACCGCGGUCUACGGACCAUGAACACCAAGAUAGUGGUUAUUCGAGGCCCAUGGUGGCAAGAGUUGCUCUCAUACCUCUCGUUUUUGUUCCCAUUCUCCACGCCGUUUUUCUCCUCUGCAGUAGGAGAUUUCCACUACCUCGACCGACCUCUAUCCGAAAAGCGCAGCGGCCGCGCUUCCCAGCAGUAUUAUUACAAUAUUGACCCAGAAACUGGGCUUGUGGAGGAAGACCUCAGCCCCGGAGGAGACCAUAUUCGACUUCUUCUGCUGCCGAAGUUGUUCUCGCCCGAGUUCAGAGGUAAUUGGGAUGACUAUCGCACCGACUUUUGGGACAAGGAAAACGAACGACGCGCUCAACUUCGCGAGAAAUUGCGCCAGAGAGAGCGCCAGAUAGCUCGACAUGAGAGGUCAUGGUUCUGGUGGACCGGUAUUGGCUGGAAGGCGUCGCGACGUCGUCGUCUCGCCGCGUCCACGCUACAUAGGUCUAUUGAAGGUGAUAAAGGCCAUCGUCACCACCAUCAUUCCCACCCAAGCAUCUCCAAGUUAGCCCACGAAUCAAAGUCACCCCUCCGACGUUCGACGCGCUCCGACUCCCAUUCGCGUACUCCCUCGCGCAGCACCACUCCCAUCGACACGGAUGACCGACCCCCAUCCAGAUCUGGCUCCGGUCGACCCCGUCGAAGCAGCCUCACGCCAUCUACUCCUGGGUCAAGUACCGAACAGGUCCCACGUCGAAAGAGGGCCGGGUCGAAGACAUUGAACCGUGGCUUGUCUCCCUUGACGCAAGCGCAGAUCCGGGAGGGCGUACGCCCGCCUUCCGUCUCAUCAGAUGACUCAACCUCAACGUUGGGUUUGACGGUAGACAAGGAGAAGAAGAAAGAAGACAGUUUGGAAGGCUGA